CAGCUCUCACCGACUCUCUCAUUUCGUUUAUUUUUUGAUGUUUUGAUUUCUGAUCUCUAGUCGAUUUUGUACGCGUAAGAUUCCAUUCGAUUCGAUUCAAUUCAAUUCCCAAUUCCAAUCAACACAAUCCGCCGAUAGUUGGCACAAAUUUAUCAAAAUUUUGUUGUGUAGAGCAGAUUUAAUCCGAGAAAAAUCGUCGAAAAUGCCGAAGAAAAUGGGUGUCAACAGCAAAGCCGAAGCAGCUAGGGCACGGAGGAGCGCCACGGAGUCGGAGCGGAAGGAGCGCGAGGCGAAGGAGAAGGAAGAGCAGUACUGGCGCGAAGCGGAGGGAAACAAGCCGCGAGCGGCGAAGAAGCGGGAGGAGGAAGCCGAGAAGCGAGCCGAGGCAAACGCGCGGAAGGCCGAGGUGCGCCGAUUGGCGGAGCUGGAGGAGAAGGAGCUGGAGAAGAGCCUGAUGAAGCCGGAUAAGAAGGCGAAUAGGGUUGCGGUGCCCCUGCCGAAGGUGACGGAGGCGGAGCUGAGCCGCCGGAAGGAGGAGGACCAGGCGGCGUUGCAGCGUCGCGCGGAGGAGGAUAAGAGGAAGCAGAGCCGGACGGCGAAGGAGGAGGAGUACGAGAGGAUGGUGAGCGUGGAGAACACCAAUCGCGAUGAUUCGAUUAUUGAGGCGAGGUCGGUUGAUGAAGCGCUUGCGCGGAUGACUCUGGUCGAUAGUUUGCCCGUGGACAAACAUCCGGAGAAGAGGCUGAAGGCCUCGUUUAAGGCUUUUGAAGAAGCUGAGCUCCCAAAACUGAAGGCAGAGAAGCCGGGUCUGACGCACACACAAUACAAGGAUAUGAUUUGGAAACUCUGGAAGAAAUCUCCCGACAACCCUCUUAACCAGGUGACAACCAAUAUCUUUUGAAAGAUAAUUGCAAGAAUUGCAAAUUUUGCCCAUGUUAUCUUAGGUGCUGCAUUGCUGGACUGUUUAGCUAGAUAUCUAUUAUGUGGAUGAGAACAAGUUAUGAGGAGUCUGAGCUGUGAUUGAAAGAUGCUAGUUGUUUUGGGUGGAUUUGUCAUUGUCAAUUAAUUGUUUUAAGGAUAUGCCAAAUCCCUGUUCGGUGGUUAUAUUUGUUCUCGUGGAGUUUUUAUUCUUGUUAAAUGCAGUCUCUUCGGUUUGAAUGUGGCUCAGACAAAUAAAUGAUAAAAAAAUUGCCUUGUGUAAUGAGUAUCUAUCGGUAAAUUUGAACUGCUUUAGUCAUUGAACUCAGUGAAUUAUGGUUGAUCGAGUUGCUUUAAGAAUUUGUACUUUUGCUGCUUUGUGUGUAUACAGUCAGUUUUGCACAUUAGAUUGUAAAACUUUGGAUAGGAUGCUUCAUUUGAAUUGGUUGGUUUUGGAGUUUCGAUUGGAAGUAUCGUCUUCAAUAAAGGGAAGUUCUUAGAUGAAACAUUGAUGUAUCGUGUAUUUGGCUUUCUUUUCUCUCAUUGCAUCAUUUGGCUUGUGUCAUGAAGAACAGAAAAAUCCCACUAAUGUGUUGAGUGCCUAAAUAUGGUGUCUUUUCUACUUCUUCGAGCUAUUACCUUUUUCUAUCUUGUAUACUCCUAUGCCUGGAUCUUACAAAUGCUGUUCCGUACUCCUUUGACAGUAGGAGAGCCUUUAUGUUGCCCCAUAUGUUAAUGCUAUCAAAUCGUAUGCAUAACUGCAUCUGGCUCUUGCCCAAUUUGAAUGUGCAGGUCGCUGAGAAGGCGUAGCCGCAUCUUUUCAUGAGAAGCCCGAUGAUUUUCCUCCGGUACUUGUGGAAAUGAGCUGCUGUUUCAUAUCUGUGUGAGUAUAUGUUGAUGACUAUGCAAGACAGCUUUGGGCCGCCUCCUCCUCCUCCGCCGUGAAAUUUGCAGUAGUCCUUCUCAGCUCGACGCAGUAGGUUGAGAUAAUAAAAGCUUACUUUGUAAAAACCAAUUUAAAUAAGACCCGUAUAUGUUUAUGUGAAUGCAUCCUAAGUAACCUUUUUGCUUUGGCAGAGUUUAUCUGCAUGUAAUCAGUGCUGGUUUGACUUGUAAUUAAGACUACUACCCUUCAAAGAAAUUGUUUGCUUCUAUCUGCUCAAA